AUGGCGGCGAGCAAUGACAAUAAAAUUUUCACACUUCCCUAUAGGAGCAAACUAACAGAAAAAAUUGAACCAGGACAAACACUGAUGAUUAAAGGGCGACCGAGUGAUGAUGCCAAAAGAUUUGCCAUCAAUCUUCAUAGAGACACACCAGAUUUCAGCGGAAAUGAUGUUCCAUUGCAUAUCAAUAUUCGAUUUGAUGAAAAUAAAAUCGUGUUCAAUUCAUUUACGAAAGGAGCGUGGGGCAAAGAGGAGCGUCAAAAAAAUCCAUUAAAAAAGAAAUUUCCCUUUGAUAUUCGGAUUCGAGCUCAUGACAACAAAUUCGUAAUAUAUGUGGAUCGGAAAGAAGUAAAAGAAUUCGAGCAUCGUGUUCCAUUACAAUGGGUUACCCAUCUUUCAAUUGAAGGAGACGCACAAAUCAAUCACGUACAGUGGGGAGGAAAAUAUUAUGUGAGCAACUCUUCCUUUAGUCUUUAUUUUCUUCGAUCCUUCGAAGAUCAAAAGAAUGGCGACAAUCGGCCAGUCCCAUAUGAAUCUGGAAUUGCUGGUGAUGGUCUUACGCCUGGGAAAGCUCUACUUAUUUAUGGCAUUCCAGAAAAGAAAGCCAAGCGUUUUAAUCUGAACCUUCUCAAGAAGAAUGGCGAUAUAGCUUUACAUCUUAAUCCACGCUUUGAUGAGAAGGCGCGAACGAAAAAAUUUAUUUGUGCUUGUGGGAAGGCUGGAAAUAUUAUUCGUAAUUCCUUGCUUAGUGGUCAGUGGGGCAAGGAAGAAUAUGAAGGAAUGAAUCCUUUUGCUAGGGCCAGCAUUUUUGACCUCGAGCUGAAGAACGAACAACAUGCUUUCCAGAUUCUCGUCAAUGGGAAACAUUUCGCCUCAUAUGCACAUCGCACUGAUCCGAACGAAAUCGUAGGCCUUCAAAUUCAAGGUGAUGUUGAAAUUACUGGAAUUCAAAUCGUGUAA